CUUUGGCUCUGCUUUUAUGCGCGCUUACGCCUGAUCACAACGUCGAGCGAAGGGGGCUGGACGUCCUGAUGCUGAUGCCGAUGCCGAUGCCCGUAAUUCAUCGUGUCGACAUGGGAAUCCCUCCGAUGCUCCUCCGGGCCGCCGUCUUACUGCGAUAAGGGGGACCGGCCACUGCUAUGCACUGCUAUGCGAUGCCUUGCGAUGCUAUGAUGCAAUGCUGUGUUGUGAUGAUUCUCCUCCCAAUGCCAUGCUGUUCCAUAUACCACCGAGACAUUGUGUGUUUCCAAAGUUCCAAAACACUGACCUGCUGCUUCGCUGCCGUCUAGUCCACCUUCUGCGCCGCCCUCAUCACCCAUCUGCAGCUCAACCGCCGGUCGGCCUUUUACAUCAACCUCGACCCCGCCGCCGAGUCGUUUGAGCACCAGCCCGAUCUCGACAUCAAGGAGCUCAUCUCCCUCAAAGAUGCCAUGGAGGAGGUGGGCCUGGGGCCCAACGGCGGCCUCAUCUACUGCUUCGAGUUCCUCAUGGAGAAUCUCGACUGGCUGACCGAGGCCCUCGACUCCCUCACCGAGGAGUACCUCAUCAUCAUCGACAUGCCCGGCCAGAUCGAGCUGUACACGCACAUUCCGAUUCUGCCCACCUUGGUCAAGUUCCUGUCGCAGUCCGGUGCUCUGGACAUCCGACUCGCCGCCGUCUAUCUCCUCGAGGCGACGUUUGUCGUUGACAGGGCCAAGUUCUUCGCCGGCACCCUCAGCGCCAUGAGUGCCAUGCUCAUGCUCGAGGUUCCUCACAUCAACGUUCUGUCCAAGAUGGACUUGAUCAAGGACCAGGUCAAAAAGAAGGACCUAAAGCGCUUCCUGACACCCGACGUAGCCCUCCUGGACGACGACCCCCUGGAGCGUAGCAGGAGAAUAACCGAAGGGCCAGAAGGGGAAGACGACGAAUCUGUCCCGCCCGACGAGAAAAGCCAGGUGAUGAAGGGCGCCAGCUUCCGGCGCCUCAACAGGGCCGUGGCCGGUCUCAUUGAGAGCUUCAGCAUGAUUAACUACCUCAAGCUAGACGUUACGGACGAAGACAGCGUUGGGGGCAUCCUCAGCCACAUUGAUGACUGCAUCCAGUAUCACGAAGCUCAAGAUCCCAAAGAGCCCGACGACGAGCAGGAGUACGACGAGGCGGACUAGGGUGUUUUGCAAUGGGUUCGAGAGAGAAAAAAACAACACAAAAUGGAUAUCAAUAGGGUAACAAAAAGGUGGCUUAGAUAGUUUCAUUGGUUGGGAGCAUAAUGCAUAGCGACGGCGUUUUGUUGUUUGCCUGACGGGAGGUAACUGAUCCCCCGUUGAACUGCAUCUUGAAACAUUUAAAAAGAAAAGC